UAUUUUCAGGAUGAUGUUGAUGAAAUUGGUAAGGAUCAAGUCUGUAAGUUCGGAUUACGUGUUCUGUUGUCAAAGUGCCAAUAUAAGACUCACAUUUUUGUGUAAUCUUUCAACAUGUUCCAACUCGUUACCAAAUGGGAAUGAUAAAAUUAAGGUGAAGAAGCAAGGACUGUUGCCGCCUCCAGUCCCUUAUCUUGACAACGAUCAGAUCAGUGAGAUCGCCAAUUGCGCCGCAAAACGAGUUGAAAGUUUACCAUUGUUUGAAGCCAAACCUUUAAAGACCAAGAAAAAAAUCAACAAACAGAUCAAUGAUAUUAUAGCAUUGCCAAAAGAUUUCUCAGAGGAAAGACUGGAGCAGAUAAGGAAGUAUGCUGCCAUUUAUAGACGGUUUGAUUCAAAAAGACUGUACUCAAAGCCAGUUUCAAAGUAUGAGGUAUAUGUAAACGAGGCUUCAGCACAGCUCUGUUUCUUAAGGCCGACAUUGCUGACCAGACGUGCAGAACUAUUAUUGCCCCUUGCAAGAGAGGUGGUCAAGGACAGUGGCUACCAGUAUUCCAAAGGACAUUCCAGAGCAACAAACAUAAACCCAGAAAAUCCAAGCAAGCGGCAGAAGUUGAAGGCUUUGAUACCAGAGUGUAAAGGGAACCAAACUGUUGAGAAGGCCAAGAGGGGUACAAAGACGUUUGUCUAUGUGGUGGAGCUGAUAAUUUUGAAUCUUUGAACUACUACUUAUGAAGAGUUUGUGAACUACAUCAAACAUGGACCAGCCAGAGCUACAGGGAUCUGAAGUAGGCUUGUAAGGUUCUCUGUCAGUUUGAUGCAAGUUUUCCGGUUGUUAAAGUUUAUACAUUAGUUUUUUAUAGUUUAGAUGUCAUAAUACCUUAUAUUCUAGUACAUAUUUUGUGCCAAAUCAUUUACAUAUUGUAAUUCUUGUUAAAGUUGAUAGAUUAGUUUUUUUUCUAUUUUAGAUGUCAAAAUAUCUUAUAUUCUAGUAUAUAUUUUUGUGCCAAAUCAUUUACAUAUUGUAAUUCUUGUUAAAAGUCGAUAGAUUAGUUUUUUUUAGAUCACCUGACCUUCUGUGAUCGCCCUGUGUCCGUCGUCGUCAACAGUUUGACUGUUAACACUCUAGAGGUCACAAUUUUGGCCCAAUAUGAAUGAAACUUUGUCAGAAUGUUACCCUUAAUAAAAUCUUGGACCAGUUUGAUAUUGAGUCAUCUGGGUUCAAAAGCUAGGUCACCAGGUCAAGUCAAAGGAAAAGCUUGUUAACACUCUAGAGGUCACAAUUUUAGCCCAAUCUUUAUGAAACCUAGUCAGAAUCAAAGGAAAAGCUUGUUAACACUCUUUAUCACGUUUGAUUUCGCGGGAGUGUAAUAAAGACAUUAAAUAAAAAUGAUAAUACACUACUGUAAUGAAGCUUUGACGACGACGUCAUUUGUAGUACAUGAGACGUUGGUUAGAUUGACUUGUUUAUAUAGUAAAAGAAAGUAGAAUUUUUGAUGUUUCGACAGGAAAGGCUAGCAUGUGAUAAAAAGAAUAUUACAUUUGUGACAUUCCACAUUGAAUUUAUUAAACGCAUUGAAUACAACUGAUAAAAUGCUCGGCAGAGCCUCGCAUUUUAUCAUUUUAUUCAACUUGUUUAAUAAAUUCAAUAUGAAAAGACACUUACGUAAUAUCCUCUAUAGAGGUCACAAUUUUGGCCUAAUCUUAAUGAAACUUUGUCAGAAUGUUACCCUUGAUAAAAUCUGGCACCAUAUAACCUAUACUGUGUUGGUGCGCCAUAAAACCCAAAUAAAUAAAUAAGUUCGUUAUUGGAUGAUCUGGGUUCAAAAACUAGGUCACCAGGUCAAAUCAAAUGAAAAGCUUGUUAACACUGUAGAGGCCACAGUUAUGACUAUAUCUUCAUGAAACUUGGUCAGAAUGAUAAUCUUGAUGAUCUCGAGGUCCAAUUUGAAUCUGGGUUAUGUAGGAUCAAAAACUAGGUCACCAGGUUAAAUAAAAGGAAAAGCUAGUUAACACUGUAGAGGCUACACUUAUGACCAUAUCUUCAUGAAACUUGGUCAGAAUGUAAAUCUUGAUGAUCUAUAGGUCAAGUUUAAAUCUGGGUCAGGUGGGGUCAAAAACUAGGUCACUAGGUCAAAUUGAAGGAAAAGCUUGUUAACACCAUUUAUAACUUAUCUUCAUGAAACUUAGUCAGAAUAUUAAUUUUGAUGAUCUUUAGGUCAAGUUUGAAUCUGGGUCAUGUGGGGUCAAGAACUAGGUCACCAUGUCAAAUCAAAUUAAAAGCUAGUUAACACUUUAGAGGCAUUAAUGACCAUAUCUUAAUGAAACUUGGUCAGAAUGUUAAUCUUAAUGAUCUUUAGAUCAGUAGGUCAGGUGAGCAAACAGGACCCUCAUGAAGGCCCUCUUGUUCUAUUUUAGAUGUAAAAAUAGCUUAUAUUCUAGUAUUUAUUUUUGUGCCAAAUCAUUUACAUAUUGUAAUUCAUGUUAAAGUUGAUAGAUUAGUUUUUUUAUAUUUUAGAUGUCAAAAUAUCUUAUAUUCUAGUAUAUAUUUUUGUGACAAAUUAUUUACAUAUUGUAAUUCUUGUUAAAGUUCAUAGACUAGUGUUGUUGUUUUUAGCUCGACUAUUUGAAGAAUAGUUCAGCUAUUCUACUCACUCGAUCUGGUGUCGGUUUCACACUGGUUAAAGUUUUGCAUGCAAGUACAUACAGCUAUCAUUUAAAGGCAUACAACUUUCAAACUUGUUUUUGCUUUUUCUAGGUCAAUUACCAACCUCGCUGGGUCAAGUUUCGUAACUCUGGUGUGUAUUUUGAGCAAAUUAUGCCCCCUUUUGGACUUAGAAAAUCCUGGUUAAAGUUUUCUUGCAUGUUACUACCUCCAAAACUGAUGCAGAUAUUGAAUUGAAACUUCACAUGUGUCUUCGGGGUCAUAACACUAGUUGAUUGCAUUAAGUCCCAUAACUCUGACCUGCAUUUUGGCCAAAUUACGCCCCCUGUUGAACUUAGAAAAUCCUGGUUAAAGUUUUGCAUGCAAGUACAUACAGCUAUUACUAAAAGGCAUAUAGAUUUGAAACUUUUUAGCUCACCUGUCACAAAGUGACAAGGUGAGCUUUUGUGAUCGCGCGGUGUCCGUCGUCUGUCGUCCGUGCGUGCGUGCGUCCGUAAACUUUUGCUUGUGACCACUCUAGAGGUCCCAUUUUUCAUGGGAUCUUUAUGAAAGUUGGUCAGAAUGUUCUUCUUGAUGAUAUCUAGGUCAAGAUCGAAACUGGGUCACGUGCCAUCAAAAACUAGGUCAGUAGGUCUAAAAAUAGAAAAACCUUGUGACCUCUCUAGAGGCCAUAUAUUUCACAAGAUCUUCAUGAAAAGUGGUCAAAAUGUUCACCUUGAUGAUAUCUAGGUCAAAUUCGAAACUGGGUCACGUGCAUUCAAAAACUAGGUCCGUAGGUCUAAAAAUAGAAAAACCUUUUGACCUCUCUAGAGGCCAUAUAUUUCACAAGAUCUUCAUGAAAAAUGGUCAGAACGUUCACCUUGAUGAUAUCUAGGUCAAGUUCGAAACUGGGUCACGUGCUGUCAAAAACUAGGUCAGUAGGUCAAAUAAUAGAAAAACCUUGUGACCUCUCUAAAGGCCAUAUUUUUCAUGGGAUCUGUAUGAAAGUUGGUCUGAAUGUUCGUCCUGAUGAUAUCUAGGUCAAGUUCGAAACUGGGUCACGUGCGGUCAAAAACUAGGUCAGUAGGUCUAAAAAUAGAAAAAUCUUGUGACCUCUCUAGAGGCCAUAUAUUUUAUGAGAUCUUCAUGAAAAUUGGUCAGAAUGUUCACCUUGAUGAUAUCUAGGUCAAGUUUGAAAGUGGGUCACGUGCCAUCAAAAACUAGGUCAGUAGGUCAGAUAAUAGAAAAACCUUGUGACCUCUCUAGAGGCCAUAUUUUUUAUGGGAUCUGUAUGAAAUUUGGUCAGAAUGUUCAUCUUGAUGAUAUCUAGGUCAAAUUCGAAAGUGGGUCACGUGCCUUCAAAAACUAGGUCAGUAGGUCAAAUAAUAGAAAAACCUUGUGAUCUCUCUAAAGGCCAUAUUUUUCAUGGGAUCUGUAUGAAAAUUGGUCUGAAUGUUCAUCUUGAUGAUAUCUAGGUCAAGUUCGAAACAGGGUCAUGUGCGGUCAAAAACUAGGUCAGUAGGUCUAAAAAUAGAAAAACCUUGUGACCUCUCUAGAGGCCAUACUUGUGAAUGGAUCUCCAUAAAAAUUGGUCAGAAUGUUCAUCUUGAUGAUAUCUAGGUCAAAUUUGAGACUGGGUCACGUGCCUUAAAAAACUAGGUCAGUAGGUCAAAUAAUAAAAAAACCUUGUGACCUCUCUGGAGGCCAUACUUUUCAUGGGAUCUGUAUGAAAGUUGGUCUGAAUGUUCAUCUUGAUGAUAUCUAGGUCAGGUUUGAAACUGGGUCAACUGUGGUCAAAAACUAGGUCAGUAGGUCUAAAAUUAUUAAAAUCUUUUGACUUCUCUAGAGGCCAUAUUUUUCAAUGGAUCUUCAUGAAAAUUGAUCUGAAUGUUCACCUUGAUGAUAUCUAGGUCAGUUUUGAAACUGGGUCACGUGCGGUCAAAAACUAGGCCAGUAGGUAUAAAAAUAGAAAAACCUUGUGACCUCUCUAGAGACUAUAUUUUUCAAUGGAUCUUCAUGAAAAUUGGUCAGAAUUUUUAUCUUGAUAAUAUCUAGGUCAAGUUCAAAACUGGGUCACAUGAGCUCAAGAACUAGGUCACUUUGUCAGAUAAUAGAAAAAACGACGUCAUACUCAAAACUGGGUCAUGUGGGAAGAGGUGAGCGAUUCAGGACCAUCAUGGUCCUCUUGUUUUUUUCUUUUUCUAGAUCAAUAACCAACCUCACUGGGUCAAGUCCCAUAACUCUAACAUGUAUUUUGGGCAAAUUAUGCCCCCUUUUGGACUUAAAAAAUCCUGGUUAAAGUUGUACAUGCAUGUUACUAUCUCCAAAACUAAUGAAGGUAUUGAAUUUAAACUUCACAUGUGUUUUCUAGGUUAUAAAACUAGUUGAUAGCACCAAGUCCCAUAACUCUGACCUGCAUUUUUGCCAAAUUAAGCCCCAUUUGGACUUAGAAAAUGCUGGUUAAAGUUUUGCGUGCAAGUACAUACAGUUAUUACUUAAAGGCACAUAGAUUUAAAAGUUGUUUUUUUAUAGCUCACCUGAGCAAUGUGAGUUUUUGUGAUCACUCGAUGUCCGGCAUCUGUCUGUCAACAUUUAGCUUGUGUAUGCGAUAGAGGCUGUAUUUUUCAACUGAUCUUCAUGAAAUUUUGUCAGAAUGAUAACCUUGAUGAAAUCUAGGCCAAGUUGGAAAAUAGGUCAUCCAGGGUUAAAAACUAGGUCACAAGGUCAAAUCUAAAAAAAAACUUGUGUAUGUGAUAGUGGUUGUAUUUUUCAAUUCAUCAUCAUGAAAUUUUGUCAAAAUGGUUACCUUGAUGAAAUCUAGGCCAAGUUUGAAUAUGGGUCAUCUGGGAAUAAAAACUUCAUAUCAAAGAAAAAGCUUGUGUAUGCAUUAGGGACUGCAUUUGACACAAAAUCUUCAUGAAAUUUGAUCAGAAUGUUUGUCUCGAUGAAAUGCAGGUUAAGGUUAAAUGUUGGUUAUCAGGGGUCAAAAACUAGGUCACCCGGUCAAAUAAAAAAAAUCCUUAUGUAUGCAAUAUGGGCUGCACUCUACGUUGGAUAUCCAUAAAAUUUAGUCAGAAUGAUUGCCUUGAUGAAAUCCAGGAUGAGUUUGAAUAUGGGUCAUCUGGGAUUAAAAACUAGGUCAUAUCAAAGAAAAAGAUUAUGUAUAUGAUAUUGGCUGUAUCUUUCAACUGAUCUUCAUGAAAUUUUGUCAGAAUGAUUGCCUUGAUGAAAACUAGGCCAUGUUCGAAAAUGGGAUCAAAAACUAGGUCACAAGGUCAAAUCAAAGAAAAACCUUGUGUAUGCAAUAGGGGCAGUAUUUUACACUGGGUCUUCAUGAAAUUUAAUCAGAAUGUCUGUUUGGAUGAAAUCAAGGUCGAGUUUGAUUAUUGGUCAUCUAGGGUCAAAAAGUAGGUCACCCGGUCAAAUUAAAGAAAAACCUUGUGUAAGAAAUAGGGGCUGCAUUUUACACUGGAUAUUCAUAAAAUUUAAUCAGAAUGAUUGCCUUGAUGAAUCUAGGCCAAGUUCAAAUAUGGGUCAUCUGGGGGAAACAUGUUUACUCUUUUAUGAUGUGUUUCUCCGGUGAGCAAACUAGGGCCAUCUUUGCCCUAUUGUCUUUGUCUAGAUCAAUUACCAACCUCACUAGGUCAAGUCCCAUAACUCUGACAUGUAUUUUGGGCAAAUUAUGCCCCCUUUUAGACUUAAAAAAUUCUGGUUGAAGUUUUAUGUGCAAGUACUAUCUGCAGAACAAAUGCAGAUAUUAAAUUGAAACUUCACAUGUGCCUUCUGGGUUAUAAAACUAUUUGAUGGCAUCAAGUCCCAUAACUCUGUCAUGCAUUAUGUCCCCUUUUUAACAUAAAACUUUCUGGUCAAAGUUUUGCAUUCAAGUACUAUCUCCAGAACUAAUGCAGAUACUGGAUUGAAACUCUACAGAUAUUUUAACAUUUAGGGUAACAUUUUCCUGUUUCAGGGACAAUAAUUCCAAUAGUCGAGCAUUGGCUGUCUUAUGGACAGCUCUUGUAUUUUACAUUGAAAUAUCUUAUAUUCUAGUAUUCGUUAUAAUGUAGUUUUGAUAAGUUUAAAUAUAUUUCUAAAUUCUUUCUCAGUUAACCGUUUACUGAAAAAGUUUAAUUACAUCUUUGUCAUCUUUAUCUCCACUAUUUUGAGAAUAGUGGGGAGGGGUGGGUACCAGGCUAUUCUACUCGCCCCGGUGUCGGCGUGGGCUUUCUUGGUUCAAGUUUUAUGGCAACCUUUGUUUUUCUUUGUUACUAUUGCUAUAUUUUACUGUAACUUCACAUAAACAUUGUCCAGCGUACAAACAAAGUAUGGACAGAGGCUGUGCCAAAGGUCAAGGUCACCAGGUUAUUUUUAAGGUUAAAGUUUUUCAGCAACCUUUAUUUUUCCGUCAUAUCUUUGUUACUAUUGCCUAUAUCUUACUGUAACUUCACAUAAACAUUGUCCAGCAUACAAACAAAGUAUGUGCAGGGGGCUGGACCCAAGGUCAAGGUCACCAAGUUACUGUAACUUCACAUAAACAUUGUCCAGCAUACAAACAAAGUAUGUGCAGGGGCUGGACCCAAGGUCAAGUUCACCAAGUUGUUAUAUUUAGGUUAUUUUUAAGGUUAGUUUUUCAGCAACCUUUGUUUUUCUGUGAUAUCUUUGUUACUAUUGCUUAUAUCUGACUGUAACUUCACAUAAACAUUGUCCAGCAUACAAACAAAGUAUGUGCAGGGGCUGGACUGAAGGUCAAGGUCACCAAGUUGUUAUACUUAGGUUAUUUUUAAGGUCAAAGUAUGCUGGGCCCAUUAUACCCAAGGCCAAGAUCACCAAGGUGUUAUACUUUGGUUAUUUGUAAGGUAAAAGUUUUUCUGUCAUAUCUUUGUUACUAUUGCUUAAAUCUUACUGUAACUUCACGUAAACAUUGUCCAGCGUACAAAUAAAGUAUGUGCAGGGGCUGGACCCAAGUCAAGGUCAAUCAAGUUGUUAUACUUGCGUUAUUUUUAAGGUAAAUGUUUUUCAGCAACUUUUGUUUUUCUGUGAUAUCUUUGUUACUAUUGCUUAUAUCUUACUGUUACUUCUUGUAAACAUUGUCCAGCAUACAAACAAAGUAUGUGCAGGGGCUGGACCCAUUAUAACUAAGGUCAAGAUCACCAAGGUGUUAUACUUUGGUUAUUUGUAAGGUAAAAGUUUUUCGGCAACCUUUGUUUUUCUGUCAUAUCUUUGUUAUUAUUGCAUAAAUCUUACUGUAACUUCACGUAAACAUUGUCCAGCAUACAAAUAAAGUAUGUGCAGGGGCUGGACCCAAGUCAAGGUCAAUCAAGUUGUUAUACUUACGUUAUUUUUAAGGUAAAAGUUUUUCAGCAACUUUUGUUUUUCUGCGAUAUCUUUGUUACUAUUGCUUAUAUCUUACUGUUACUUCAUGUAAACAUUGUCCAGCAUUCAAACAAAAUAUGUGCAGGGGCUGGGCCCAUUAUAACUAAGGUCAAGGUCACCAAGGUGUUAUACUUGAAAUUAUUUUCAUGUUAAUUUUCUGAAAGCUUCAUUUAUAGAUAUAUCUUUAGUUAUUUAAAAGGUAAUGCCUUGAAAUUAAAAAUAUUUUUUUAUAAUCAUCAUCUGCAUUUGUGGUUACAAUCCCAUAACUCUUAUUGUAUUUUUGACAGAAUUAUGUCCCAUUCAUAAUUAAAGUUUUUUGGCAAUCUUCGCCCUCUGGAAUAACUUCAGCACAAUAUAAGUUAAUGACUUAAAACUUAAAAUAUAUCUUUAUUUUCAUCAUCUGCAUGUGUGGUAACAAUCCCUAAUCCCCAUAACUCUGAUUGGUAUUUUUGACCAAAUUAUGCCCCUUUCUUAUUUGAAUUUUUUGUCAAACACCGUUUUCUGGUUAUAACUUUGAUACUAUAUAAGAUAAUGACUUGAAACUCAAACUAUAUCUUUACCAUCAUUAGCAUUACCCCUUCCAUACUUGACUUGUAACCCCUCUGAGUAGUAGGGUCUUUUUAUAUCUUGGUGUACCUUCCUUUUUAGCUCACCUGUCACAUAGUGACAAGGUGAGCUUUUGUGAUCACAUUUCGUCCGUCGUCUAUACGUCCGAGCGUGCGUCCGUCAGCAAUUUCUUGUCUGCAUGAUAGUGGUUUCAUUUAUGAUCUUAUUUUUACCAAACUAGCACACCACUUGUAUCACCAUAAGAUCUCGGUUCCUUUACUUGAACUGACCAGAUUCCAUUAUGGGUUCCAGAGUUAUGGCCCCUGAAAGGGCCAAAAUUAGCUAUUUUGACCGUGUCUGCUCAAUAGUAGCUUCAUUUAUGAUUUGAUUUUAACUAGACUUGCAAAAUUAUUUUGACCUUGUCAAUAGCAGCUUCAUUUAUAAUUUGAUUUUAACCAGACUUGCACACAACUUGUAUCAUUAUAAGAUCUCAAUUCCUUUUUAUACGCCCGAAAGGACAUAUUAUGUCAUCGCCUCGGUGUCCGUCUGUCUGUCUGUCUGUUGGCUAGCAAUUCCUUUGCGCUCUGUCUCUUGAACCCCUUGAAGGAUUUCAAAGAAACCUGACACAAAUAUUCACUUCAUCGAAACGACGUGCAGAGUGCAUGUUUCGGAUUGCUUACUUCAAGGUCAAGGUCACACUUAGGGGUCAAAGUUCAUAUGACUUUGUUUUGUGUGUAUAUUGUUCUGCAUUUACGUUGCAUUGCAGUGCUCUUGUUUUUAUUUGGCAGAUCAUUCUUUUGUCCACUUACAAUAAUUUUUUUAAUUACUUCCCUUUUAUGUUAAUAUAAAUAGCUUAUUUAGUAACUUUUGUAUUAUUGCCCGUAGGGAAAAACUUAGACCACCUUUCUGUGGUACAACAUGGAUGGUACCUCCAAUUUUUAGGUGUAUUUUGACAUACCUGUACCUUGUAAGAUUUUUUUUUCUUUUUGGUUAAAUUGUUUCCCUUUGUUGUUCCUGUCCUUUGCUAUAUAGAAGACUGAUUUCAAAACAAUUUUACACAAGACUAGUGUUCCUUUGGUGACCCCUCUACUAUAUUCCUUCAAAUAAUUUUGAUUCAGCGAAAAACAUGGCCCCUAAGGGGUUUUGCUUAUUUUCCCUAUUUGCCUAUAUAGAACUUUGAAAAUCUUUUUGUCACAAACUGCUGGUCCGUUUUCAAAACAAUUUUACACAAAUGUUUCUUGGGUGACCCUCUACCAAAUUUCUUUCAAAUAAUUUUAAUUCACUGAAAAAGUGGUCGCCUGGGGGAGGGGCUCGUUUUCCCAUAUGGCUAUACAGAAAACUUCUUGUAUGAAACUAUUUGCCUGAUUUGAAAAUAAUUUUAUUUGAAGUAACUUUAAGAAAAUUUCAACUAUAUUUUCUCAUAAUUCUUUUGAUUGAUCUUGAUUAAGAUUUUUUGACCUUCUUGUCCUUAAGUGCAAUGACAACAGGUGAGCGAUAUAGGGCCAUUAUGGCCCUCUUGUUUAUAUAGACUUAUUUUUAGGAAAAAGUUUGUUUUUCUGCGCAUAGAUAUUUUGCAUGCAAGUAGCACUGUGCAGUUGUCAUCAGCCAAGUUUGUUCAUGUCAUGCCCUGAGGAUCAAAAUUGGUCCUGCCCCGUGGUUCACCUCUUUUACACAGACUUUUAUAAGAACAUCUUUUACAGUCCUUGUUUUAAGACCCUAAGGCCUACAGUUUAGAUAUUUGGCAUAUAGCAUUGUAUAGAGAUCAGCAGGGGAUACCAAUUCAUCGAAUUUGCUUGUUUAACUUGACAAUAUUACGGGUGCAUCUGUUCUUAUUUUUUGUAUACUUAAAUGAAACUUGGUAUUUGUUUUCGUUAUAGUUUUAUAUAGUUUAUAAUAAAUGUAAAACAUUCA